AUGACGCUUCACUUGACUCAGUCUAAGCGGUUGCAGAUUUUAAAUGAUCUGAUUGGAUUCAUCGUUGCAUUUGCCGCUUUGAAGAUCUCCGCCAAAAAGGACUCACCUCAAGAUCUGUCCUUUGGCUGGCAGAGAUCCCGACUUCUCGGUGCUUUCUUCAACAGCUUCUUCCUUCUUGCGCUGGGCGUUAGUAUAUUCCUACAAUCCAUAGAGCGUUUUGCGUCUGUCCAGGUUGUGGAACAGCCUAAGCUUGUGCUUAUUGUCGGCUGCAUUGGCCUUGGUCUCAACAUGAUCAGUGCCUCCUUCCUUCACGGUUUUUACUACGAUUUUAACUUACGUCGGCCAGUCACUUAUUUGCCCUUCUUUUUAGAACACGACCAUUCCCAUGGAGGGACCCAAGAGAGCACAGCAAACGCGGAAAAUGGAACAGAGGAGGUCCCUGCCUUGCACCACAACCAUCGCCGCAAAAAUGCCCAACUAUCCUGCAAAGAAUAUGACUUGGGAAUGAUAGGUGUUCUGAUUCAUGUGGUCGGGGAUGCCGCAAACAAUGUUGGCGUUAUCAUCUCCGCCCUGGUGAUCUGGCUCACUUCGUCCCCAGCUCGCUACUACGCAGACCCUGCUGUCAGCAUGGCCAUCGCAGUGGUUAUUCUUAUCACAUCACUUCCAUUAGUGACGAACUCUGGCAGGAUUCUCCUUGAGAGUGUUCCAAACGGCAUAAACCUCGAUGACAUUAAACAUGAUCUUGAAUUGAUACCGGGUGUCCAGUCCAUUCAUGAGCUACAUGUCUGGCGCCUGAACCAAGAGAAGGCAGUAGCAUCGGUUCACGUCGCAAUCGUGAGCGAGCCUGUUUCUGAAUUCGUGAAGAUUGCAAAGAUUAUGAACGAUUGCUUCCACAGUUAUGGCAUCCAUUCGGCUACGGUACAACCAGAGCUUGGAUCGCCGCUUGCAUCCGCAGAUGCUAACUAUCAGAAUAACUGGUCGCGGCUAUGCCAGGUCAAGUGUGGCUCUUCUUCGUGUGAUGUUUUAAACUGCUGUGGUUAA